AUGGCCCGUUUCGCCUCUCGACUCGGGCGCCCGAACCUCGGAUCCGGACUGAAACCGGCAGCCGACAAACAGCGACGGUUGCACAGGGGCGCGAUUGAAAUCCAGCUCAAAGGGGGCCAAGCCCGAGAUAAAAGCCACGCGUCCAAAACCAGACGAGCCCCUCGCCGCGUGGCGCACCUGAUCCCCCAGGAGAUUCUCUCUGACCCGGAGCUCCAGGACGCCGUGGGACGCCUGCCGCACAACUACAACUUUGAGGUCUACAAAACAGUGUGGCGGGUCCGUCAGGCCCAAGCCAAGAGGGUGGCGCUGCAGAUGCCGGAGGGGCUCCUGAUGUUCGCUUGCACCCUGGCCGACAUCGUUGAGAGGUUCACCGGGGCAGAGGCCGUGGUGAUGGGCGACGUGACCUACGGGGCCUGCUGCGUGGACGACUUCACCGCACGGGCCUUGGGAGCGGACUUCCUGGUCCACUAUGGCCACAGCUGCCUGAUUCCCAUCGACCCCACGCAGGGCCUGAAGAUGCUCUACGUGUUUGUGGACAUCAAGAUCGACACGGCCCACCUCGUCCAGACCCUCCGCUUCAACUUCCCCUCCGGGGCUCAGCUGGCCCUGGUCAGCACCAUCCAGUUCGCCUCCGCGCUGCAGGCCGCCUCCCGGGAACUCCAGCCUGACUACCGUGUCUGGACCCCCCAGUGCAAGCCCCUCUCCCCAGGAGAACUGCUGGGCUGCACGUCGCCCCGGCUGGCCCAGGAGACGGACGCCAUCGUCUACCUGGGAGACGGGCGCUUCCACCUGGAGUCCAUCAUGAUCGCCAACCCCGGCAUUCCCGCCUACAGGUACGAUCCGUACAGCAAGGCCUUCUACCAGGAGCUCUACGCCCACGAGCGCAUGCAGGAGUCGCGGAAGGCGGCCAUCCGCCGGGCGGCCCGUCACCUGGAGUCGAGCCUGCAGGCGGCAGGGCGUCCCUACGUCCGGCUUCUCCUCUCAGAAAUCUUCCCCAGCAAACUGCAGCUGUUUCCAGAUGUUGAGGCCUGGGUGCAGGUAGCAUGCCCCCGCCUCUCCAUAGACUGGGGGGAGGCCUUUGAAAAGCCUCUGCUGACACCUUAUGAGGUGAAGCUGGCCAAAUCCGUCCUCCCGUCUGCUGGGAAAGAAGCCCUGAAGAGCUGCUCCUGCCAACAGGAGGAGGAGGAGGAGAAGGCGUCAUCAAACCUUGGAGUGGAGUCAGGAACUCAGGCGGGUCCCAGGCCCUGUGUGGAACAGCAGCAGCAGCAACAGGGGCCGAACUCUGGAGCACGGACACUUUGGGGUGAUUCCCCCGUCCCUCCCCACGCUCCAGUGGGAAAAAGCAACUCCAGUGCUUGA